AUGUCUGAUGAUGAAGCGGACCCUGAGCUCCUCGAACUGCUCCGCCAGCACCUGCAGGGCAAACUUGUCGUGAAGGAAGAGGCGGAUACAGGUGUUCUAGACGGGGCCGAGUAUGUAUACAACCAAGGCAUCGAUAUGGCCAUUGAUAUGCGGGCUACCAAGGCCGCUGCGCAGACGAUAUACGCCCAGAUGCAGAAGAAGCACUACUCAACGGCCACUUGGUCAGAGCACGAGCUUCAUCCCAAGGCAAAAGACGAGACCUCGGUGGCCUUCAUUUUCACCAUGGAUCUGCUGAAUUUCUCCUUCUGGUCUGAGUUGCCGGACGAUGAGAGGUUUGCUAUCGAGUAUCACGGGAGGAGGUGGACUGGGUAUUGGAGUCUUGUCGCAGCUAUCCAGAGGGCUUUGGAAGAAGGCGAGUUGCCAAUGUCACAUUUCAAGGCCCAGCAACGUACUGACAUCCGAUCAUCCACAGAAGAGGAGAUGCCGCUGCUGCAAGAACGACUAGACUGCCUCAGAGAAAGCGGCAGAGUAUUAUAUGAGCGAUACAACUGCUCCUUCGCAAACGUCAUAUCCGCAGCCAACGGCUCAGCAGCCGAACUUGUCAAUCUCUUGGCCCGAGACUUUUCAUGUUUCCGUGACGAGCACUACUUCGAAGGCAGAAACAAACCUGUGAGGUUCUUGAAGCGGGCUCAGAUUCUAGUCGCCGAUAUAUGGGCCUGCUUUGAGGGCCAGUCGUACGGCAAAUUUCGAGACAUUGACAAGAUCACCAUGUUUGCGGACUACCGCAUCCCCCAGAUUUUGAUUACUCUAGGCGCAUUGUACUGCAGUCCGCCAGUGGCGGCGGCUAUCAGGGACAGAAAGAUGUUCAAAAGUGGAGAUCGCUGGGAGGUGCAGUUGAGAGGUAACUAUAUACCAACCCUAGAAUGGUGCGCGUUUAUCCGCUAA